AUGACUUCCGGGCCCUCCUCCCGGCCAGAGGCGCCUUCGCCUUCGGCAUCCUUCUAUGACCUCUCGGACGACGAAGAAGGCGGCUACAACACGAUCACUCAUGCCUCUGCCACAAAAGGCGUGAAAUUGCUCUUCUCCAAAAGCAAGGUCUACGUGCAUCCUACGCCCUCGGCCAAAGACAACAUCCCCGGCUUCAUCGCCCUGGUCCAGCAGAAGUCGCCCGCGCUCUCUGACAACGGCGAUCGGCCCACCUCCUCCGACUCCACGUCCAAGAAGAAAACAAACGCAUCCUCAUAUCUUUUGGCCUGGGUCCCCGAAGCUUCCCUGGCACAGGAUGACCUGAGCACCUAUGUGAAGGUGGAUAUGAAGGACAGCGAAUCUCCUCCCAGACAAAGUUAUCUGGUCCCCCCUCUUCCUCUUGCGACCACUUUUGACGAAUCCCCCGUCGGACCGUAUGCGUUCUCGCUACCUCUCUCCAGCAUAUACUCCAUCAACGUCCGUCCGCCAAGUCUAGGCUGGUGGUAUGGCAGCAUAGUCAUCAACACACGUGCUGGCUCGAGCUUACCGGCGUUGUUUUUUCACGACUCGGAAUGCGAAAGCACAAUACUACAAAAGAAAAGAAGAGCGCGAGAGUCAUUCGACCCGUUUGGAGAAAGCGGCGACCUGUUCUGGGGUGGUGACGAGGUGCUCAGGUGGCUGAAGAGAUAUGUAACCGUUGAAAGGAGCACUGCAGAACCAUCGAUAUACCUGAUCGACCCGUCGGAAGAAGAUCGUGUGGGCUUCGGUCAAGGACGAAAGUCGCUCGAACAGGCAAGACGCAAGAGUGAAGCAUCAACGUCGAAGAAACCUGAGCAGAAGAAACCAUCAGGGCCUGGGAUGGAUCCUUUCACAAAGGCACUUAAAGAAACCAGGUGGAAGAUCUUGGAACACCUGUCCAAAGUCACUACGUUUACCCGACGCACCGCGGAAGACCUUGCCAAUAAUAAGAAUCUCCCUCCUCAAGUGCGACGACUCAUCCAGAACCCGGAGAUCCAGACUCUACAGGAUGAAUUUGACAGUGCAAAGUUAUACUUGGCGCGAUGGGCCAUGAGCAUUGCAGAGCAAAGCGAGCGCGAGAGGAGACAGAGAAUAUGGACUGCACGAGAUGUGCUGGACUCUGAAGAAACCAGCGUCGGGGACUUUGAAAUUCUGGAUAUGGAGGCUGCACGAAUGACCUUGGCCGACAGCAAGAGGCGCCCUGUUGACAUGAAAGAGUGGAAGUCCUUUUUCGACUCAAAGGGCAAAUUGCAGGUUAUGGUGGAAGAGGUCAAGGAGCGUAUUUUCCACGGCGGUCUGGACCCUGAGGAUGGUGUAAGGAAAGAGGCUUGGCCUUUCCUCUUGGGAGUAUACGAGUGGGACAGUACAGAAGAAGAAAGACAUGCUCUCAUGAACAGGAAACGAGAUGAGUACAUUCAGCUGAAAGGGGCUUGGUGGGACAGAAUGAUCGAUGGCGAUGCUACGCCCGAACAGGAGGAAUGGUGGAAAGAGCAGAAAGUCCGAAUUGAAAAGGAUGUGCACCGCACCGACCGUCACAUCCCUCUCUUUGCAGGCGAAGAUAUUCCUCAUCCAGACCCGACUUCACCGUUCUUCAAUCCCAAUGGACCCGGCACAAACGUGCAUAUGGAACAGUUGAAAGAUAUGCUGCUGACCUAUCUGGAAUACGACACACCUCCCUCCACCACGGCCGCAAACUCUCAAAACCCCUCUUCUUCUUCACAGCCGCGACGCUACCAGACCCAAAAUCCCCAUCCCCAAAAUCUGGGUUAUGUUCAAGGCAUGUCCGAUCUCCUAUCACCCCUCUACGCCGUCUUCCAAGACGACGCGAUCGCCUUCUGGGCUUUCGUGCAGUUCAUGCGCAGGAUGUCGCGAAACUUCGUCCGCUCACAGGUGGGAAUGCGCGCCCAACUCAACACCCUCGACCAGUUAGUCCAACUCCUCGAUCCGAAGUUGUACCUCCAUCUUCAAUCAGCAGAUUCGACCAAUUUCUUUUUCUUCUUUAGAAUGUUGCUUGUUUGGUUCAAGAGGGAGUUUGAAUGGUCCGACACUUUAAGGCUUUGGGAGUCACUGUGGACGGACUAUUAUUCGUCGCAGUUUCAUCUUUUCAUCGCAAUGGCGAUUCUCGAAAAGCAUCGCGAUGUUAUUAUGGACCAUUUGAAGCACUUUGACGAAGUGCUGAAGUAUAUUAAUGAGCUCAGUGGGACGAUUGAACUGCAAGAUAUUCUUUGGAGGGCCGAGGGGUUAUUCAAGAGAUUUGAGAAGACGGUCGAGACAAUUGACCGGAAAGACGCUUUCCCGCCGCCAAAUGUUGGCCAAAGUGAUGCGGAACUGCGACAUAGGAAACCAGGGGUAGUGGCAGGUAUUGGGGACGAGACUUCUCCAACCGCUUCAUCUUCAGGCGCCGCAUCGAGCGCAUCAACACGGCCAACACAGGGCCAAACCCCACGCACAAGUCCAGCCAGACGCGGACCUCAGCAACCAGCAAAAUCAAAAGAAGCUGAAAAGGCCAAAGAAAGAGUCAUCACGCCGGAACUGCGGCUCCUUCUUAGUCACAAAAUCGUCACUCUGGAAGGCGAGGAUGGAUCGAGCGACGCGGAGAGGACGAGGCCGAGUGGACUGAAAGAUUGA